UGCUCGUAUUCAAGACAUAAAUUUAAAAACAAUCUGGGUAGUAUUGACUACUGUCACAGCCUCCAAGGCCUAGUUAGCUAAGUCAUAAAUGGAGUACAUGCAUAUUUUCCUUUUUUUAUUUACAAUUUCCUACAUUUAACUUAUAAGACCAGACCCUACUUUUCAUUUCAUCUUUGCUCAGUUAGGUUACCAGUUUCCUUAUAACCUUCUUCCUCCACAGUUGUCUUGGUUGUUUAGAAGAUGAAGAAUGGUAAGAUGAGAGGUUUCAUGUGCCAAUCCGCUGCAGUAAAUGCAACUUGCAUGGCAGUUGAUCCUCGUUCGGCAGUGGUGCCAAGAAAGUUAGCCAGAAUCCGUACAGAUAAUACUAGAUUGAUCAAGAAUUGCAAUUACUCUAGGCUCGUCGAGUCUCAAAGAUUUGUUAGAGACGACAAGAGAUCCAUUGUUACUCCCUUGGUCAGAAAGGAAAGAAAUCAAGAACAGAAGCCAAUGCCCCACUCUAGAUCAGUUCAGCUAGCUUCAUCAGAUCAUGUUUUCCAGGUGGUUGUGAUGCGAGUCGCUCUGCAUUGUCAAGGUUGUGCUGGUAAAGUGAAGAAGCAUUUAUCCAAAAUGGAAGCAGGGGUGACAUCAUUCAGUAUAGAGCUAGAGAGCAAGAGGGUGACGGUGAUGGGGCACGUAUCGCCAGUGGGAGUCCUGGAGAGCAUUUCAAAGGUGAAAAAGGCUGAGUUUUGGCCUUGUUGAACAACUCAAGAGGGGCCGAAUUUUACUUGGAAAUGCCGAAAUGGUUUGUUCUUAUUUUUAAAGGGUGAGAAUGUGGGGAAACGUGGCUAUGGAGAAGAAAUGUAAGAUGUUGGGUUUUGUUUGUUUGUUUUGAUGUUUAGAAAUUGGUAACAAUGUUUAAAUUUGAGUGGUCCUCAAUGCUGGCUCAUCCAAAACAAAAAAGAGGGAUAUAGAUGGAGUAGUUAUGGGGACUUUUUGUCUUUUGGAAUGGUCUUCGGAUGUUUCAUAGUGACAAUUAUAAUUAUAAAUUAGGUAUAUAUGAAAAAUUAUGUUAA